CCGGCUGAUUUAUAAAACAAAAUCAAAUUUAAAAAUGUUAAACGUUCGCAGCGUUUUUUGGCUGCAGCGACGCUGGAAAAGUGGAGGAAAGAAGCGAUGGAAUGUGCUACAGAACAAGAAAAACAACUGCGACCGGGCCAUAGACAGCUUCGAUGACUUCUACGGCUCCGUUUACGGCACACGAUGGAAGAACAUGCGAGCCGCAUUGCUCACGAGGCACAAGUACAUUGCCAUGGUGAACAAUUUCGGGAACACGGAACAGACCUGCAGCAUGCUAGAGACGGACGGGGCCAUCAACAUGAAGUCCCUCAUCAAUUUGGCGCAGGAGCGUCUUCGGGGCACAGACCCAGCGACGGAGGGCCAGGGCCAGAAUCGUUACGAAAUCGAUGACAAACUUGAUGCGCUGCUGCGAAAGCAACAGGAACGCGAGGUGGCUUCCAUUUACCCCAGUGCUGGAGAGGAUGGUGCGUCUGUGCAGAUGCCACAACAAUUAAAGUACGACAAUGUCGAGGCAAAGGAGAAAACACAAUCAGAGUCGAAGGACUUCAAGCAGAGCUUGACAAAAGCGCUGGAGAAUGAUGUGAAGCUGGAUGAGCACCGGUUAGUGGAUCCCCAGUUUGGCACUGGGGGCCUGUACGAGUAUAUGCCUGCACACAGCAUCAAGGGCAUGGAGGAUUGGGUGGCAGAGUCAGAGCAUUACAAAUACUACCAGACCAGUGCAGAUUUUCCGCUCAGAAUAGAGCCGGAAACUUUGUUCCACUAUCCUGAGCACUUGGCGCUGUACACCUACGAGAUGGGCAACUGCUCGGACUUUAAGGCGCCAAAGAAAUGCCUCACGGGCGUCUCCUCGCACUUCAUGAUGGACGGCGCCUCCACGCUGCCGCCACUCUUCCUGCAGGUGCAACCUGGCGAAAAGGUGCUGGAUGCCUGUGCCUCGCCGGGUGGCAAGUCACUGCUGCUGCUGCAGACACUCCACCUGGACAAACUGGUGUGCAAUGACAUACAGGAGUCGCGCGUGAACAGAGUGCGCCGCCUCAUGCAGGAGUUUCUGUUCGACUACAAGCAGCGUUUGGCCGCCAAGCAUUUGAUCUUCAGCCAGAGCGAUGCCCGCAAUCUGGAUGAGUACCAGCAAUACGACAAAAUACUGGUGGAUGUGCCCUGCACCACAGAUCGUCAUGUGGUCAUGGAGCAGGACAACAACAUCUUCAAGCCGUCGCGCAUCAAGGAACGCCUGCGCAUACCCGAGCUCCAGUCGGACAUUCUGGCCAACUGUUUGCGCCUACUACGGCCCGGCGGCAGUCUCGUUUACUCCACCUGCUCGCUAUCGCCCAUACAAAACGAUGGCGUGGUGCACAUGGCGCUGCAGAAAGUCUUCAUCGAGCAUGGCAUUACUGCAACGAUUAAAGAUCUGAGCAGACAGGCGGAACUCUUCUCGGAUGUGUUCAAGUUUGAGCACCCAAAGGGGCUUAAAUAUGGCCAAAUGGUGAUACCUUAUCUGCCAGCCAACUUUGGCCCUAUGUAUUUUAGUAAAAUUACAAGAAAUGUAUGAGA